UUAGAAAAAAAAACUGCCCCCACAGAAGCCGCAACAGAGAGAGAGAAACCUAAGAUGUGCGAGGCCCUGACGAACAGCUACCACCUCCUGGAGGAGCUCGGCCGCGGCCGCUUCGGCACCAUCUACCGCUGCUUCUCCCCCGCCAAGAGCGCCUUCUUUGCCUGCAAGGUCAUCGACAAGUCCCUCCUAUCUGACGACCCCGCCGACCGCGACUGCCUCGAGAACGAGCCCAAGAUCAUGUCCCUCCUCUCCCCGCACCCCCACAUCGUCGACAUCGCCGACGCCUUCGACUCCCCGGACUCCCUCUCCAUCGUCAUGGAGCUCUGCGACCGCCGCACCCUCUUCGACCUCGUCGCCCACCGCACCCUCUCCGAGGCAGAGGCCUGCCAUUACGCCAAACAGCUCCUCUCCGCCGUCGCGCACUGCCACCGCCUCCGGGUCGUGCACCGCGACGUGAAGCCCGACAACGUCCUGCUCGACUCCCGCAACGACCUCAAGCUCGCCGACUUCGGGUCGGCGAUCUGGCUCGGCGAGGAGGGGAGGGCGACGGCGGAGGGCGUGGUGGGGACCCCGUACUACGUCGCGCCGGAGGUGCUGCUGGGGAGGGAGUACAACGAGAAGGUGGACGUGUGGAGUGUCGGGGUGAUCCUGUACAUCAUGGUUUCCGGUGUGCCUCCGUUCUAUGGGGACUCGGUGGAGGAGAUCUUCGAGAAGGUGGUGAGGGGGAAUUUGAGAUUCCCGACGAAGCAUUUCAGGGGGGUGUCGGCGGACGUUAAGGAUCUGCUCAGGAAGAUGAUAUGCCGGGACGUUCACAGGCGGUUCUCUGCAGAGCAGGCUUUGAGGCAUCCAUGGAUGCUGAAUGAAGGCGAGACAAACUCACUGGCUGAUCUGACCUGAACAAAGAGAAGACCCCCCCUUUCUCCUGAAUCGAAUCCAAAAGUUAAACUACUGGGUUGGUGGUAGUGGCAGGAUCCUGUAAAUAUGCCACUUUUUUUGGCUUUCCCCAAUGUAAAUUCAUCACUAGAUCACUUCCUUCCCCUGCUUUUCUUCUCUGCCCGAGCUCGGGACUCUCCAAGGCCAAGAUGGACCGCAUCCCAGAGCUGAGAGACAGAGGGAGAACACCUGGAGGCUACUGCUGAGAGCACUGCAGAGUUUUCAUCUUUGUUCAGAUUUUGUUCCUUUGUUCUUUUGUGAAGGCUUAUGUCUGGUGUUUUGGAAGCGGUAAAUAGGCGUUUGGAGAAGCCUUGCCCUUGUCUUUCCCCACCCCAUCUCUCUUUUCCCCCGUGAGAGUGCGGAAGUGAGAAAGCCACUUAGUCAACAGAAAAAGAGAAAAACGAAAGAGAGAGACUUUUUAUUUUGGGCAUCUUUUUGUAUAAUCUGUAGUGAAUGGAAUCAAGAAAUUCUCUCUUUUUCCUUCCUGUCA